UCGAUUUCUUUAUAAUGCAGGUAGAUUCCAGCUUUUCACGGAAAAUAAAAGAAAAGUAAAGAUCGUGAAGAGAAAAUUAACUAACGAAACAAGUACAGAGCACCGACACUGAAGCUAAGACUGUGAACCCUAAUUCAAUCUAUGGCUUCUUGAUUAGGAAUUGAGUGGGCGGAGAGUGAUUGGAUCAUAUGAAGUGCUUGUUGGAUUGGUUUGGCUAUGUACUUUUCUUGCAUGUUUUCACUCCAAACAAACUUUUUUUCAAAUUCACGGAGGUGAAUAGGGUUAGACUGAAUUCUGUGGCUGGGACUGGACCUAGAUCUGUAGAUUUUGUAUUUCAUCGGAUUUUUCAAGCUGGGAUAAGGAGAAAGGUGCUAUGGCUGAAGGAGAACCGCAAAUUGAGCUUAAAUUUCGCAUUUAUGAUGGCACAGAUAUCAGCCAUGGUACUUAUGCACUAUCUACCUCUGUUGCAACUCUCAAGGAAAGGCUAGUUGCUGAGUGGCCUCAAGAUAAAACAGUCACACCCAAGUCAGUAGAUGAUGUAAAACUUAUACAUGCUGGUAGAAUUUUGGAGAAUAACACCACUUUGGCUGAUGCAAGAGUUACCAUGGGUGACCUUCCUACUGGUGUUAUUACCAUGCACAUUGUUGUGCAGCCAUCUGUAGCUAAAAAGAAGAAAGCAGACAAGAAACGUGAAGAGCCGUCACAGAAUUUGUGCUCAUGUACUAUCCUUUGAGUUGGGGAUAAUGCUUUGUGGGCGGACGAGAUGGAAUGAGCAUUUAACAUUGUAUACUUUUGUAUGUUCAAACUGCCAUACACAUUUACGCAAGCUUCAGUGUGGUUCAUAUUUUUCCUAUUUUUCUUCAUGAUACUAAUCUGGUCUGCUGUACAUUUUUAAUAACCCAAACGUGUACGUAGGCUGCCUCUGUUGUAUUGAUUGUUUUAACUGUCGUUCAUGUUGCCAUCAUUCUUGGAUAAACAAAAUCAGCAUGCCUUUAUGUUUGAGGUGAACGCA